AGCGUCUUGCGUUGUGAUGCGCAAAAUAGUGUUGUCAAGUUCUUCAUCGGGAUACGGAUAAAUGAUGAUGGUCAUGAUGUCAAAGUUUCUUCUUCUAUCAUCUUGGUCAUUGUCUUCAUCUGCCCCAAGAGCCUCUGGACUCGCCGGCCUGCUUGGUGUCGCCGCGGAGGCUACCGCACGACCAGAAGACGUCGCAAUCGACCAUGAUGAAACGCCGCCUGAUUUUUCCUUCCACGGGCUGCAAAAGAAAGAACAGGAGGACACAAACCACAAUACCAGACCGGAGGAGGCGCAAGCCACACAACGGCUCCUGGCUACGCGCCUGCUUGGUCCGCACGAACGCAGGACCGUAGAAGAAUCUUCGGAGCAGGAGAAACAACACGGGCAGCCCUUCGAAAAUGCGGUAUCCUUCAUCUCGGGGGCUGCUCCCCUCGAAGAGUUUCUUGAGAUCGACAGGCGUGGCUACGACAGCAACUACGAGUACGAGCCGCCGUCCCUGCCUCACGACGGAGCACUAACGCGCGCGACCUCGGCGUCCGGUAUCGCACCCGAUCGACAUGUUGGAGUUGGACGGCCCUCGGCGUUGCUGGUGGUCGGGCAGGAACAGCCGCCGAAAACUAAGAACGACGUCAAGGACGAGCCUUCAGUGCAGCAGCAGUUGGGCGAACUGGGAGCCGACAUGGCAACGCUGCGGGCGAUGGUGGAAGGGCUAGCAGAGGAAAACAAGGAGCUACGCGCCAACCUCACAAGACAAGGGACGGCCCUGCGCGUGAAGACCGAACAGGGGAUCCAGGGUGUGCGCGACUUGCUGGCGUUGUCGGAAGUACUAACGCAGUGGAUCCUGACCUACCUCCUGGCUCUCGCACGGCUCGAGUACACGACAACUGCAGUGUUUCUCCUUGGCGGCUACCUCGCGGUCCUGGUUGGGAUCUUUCUACCCACCCGCCUCGUUUUCUUUCCGCUGGAGUACCAGGUAUCAAAUGUAAAAAUGUCUGGGUCUGGAAGAAUGCAACUUGUGAUGCUAACUUUGGACUCUAAAAAAAUCUGUAUUGCAUGACCAGCAAGAGGUGCCCAGUUUGUGCUACGCGGGGAGGGCAUUUGUCAUGCGGGAUAGGCAUCAGGAACGCCUCUAGAAAUAUGUGAUGCUAGGUCAUGCAUUACAGACAUCCUGAGUCAUGCAAAAUAUGCUGUGACUCUGUAUGCAAAAUAUCCUCCGUAGCCAUUUUGGCUCAAGACUUUGUCUUGUUGCCUGAGAUCCAUCAAUGUAGAACAGGGGGAGCUAUGCCGUAGAGUAGGACCAUUCUGUUGCUCAUCUCCUAAAUUGUUUUACUACCACUGACGCCACGUCGGUACCUCCCCCGACUCCCUGCAGUGGAGUUUCGAAAGGAAAGUAGAUAAACGCCCGUACGUGGCGGGUCCUCUGUGCCCCUUUACAGUAGUACUAGCUAGAGCAUCGGCGCCCCGAGCGUCCGUGCGCACACUGAAAACGUACAUGGCCUCUCCUCCGACGACAGCCAUCGACUUACCGUCUUGCCCACGCCCAGAAGCACGGUAAAGGACCGCCACGCCGACAAUGACUGCCGGUGGAUUGGGCAGGCGCCAUGACAAGCAUAUUAGCAUGGACCUCGGUUGUAUAAAGCACAACACGAGCGGAAAAGGGCGCUUCGUCACUGUCUUCGAUGAGAAGGCUGGUCACCACACGCGGCCCCGCACAAUCCCCAGCGUGGGUGGAGUCGGACGCUUUCGGGAAGACAUCUUCCGCGCAGGGUCCGCGCAUCAGCAGAUGCCGGGUGGCGCAUCACGGGACGCGAGCGUGCGCUGGAGCCGCGGCCAUGUGAUGGCGAUCUUCUGGGGGGAGCAAAGUAGUAUAGAGCUAUUUUUAUUGAUGUGCUUUUUGGUUUCAUCCUCCCGUUAAGUCCUUGCAUGUGAUGUAGCUUCGUUGUGUCUCCUUCUCUCUUUCAAUCAUUUGGCCGGUCUGCUACUCUGUUGUUGUGUGCACGGGGGCGGAACAUGUCCGUCCCCGCCGUUGCCUCAAUUGAAUCACAGGUGCCCGCUCUUCCUGUGGACCCUGGAAGAUGAUGUUGUCGCUCGACCAAGACUCGCCUGCGCUGUCACCACAUCUCUCCCACCCCCAGAAUCCAGGGCAGACCUGAUAGUCUGUGCGCGUAAAGUCCCUGCUGUGACUCUAGCGGCACCCCUGAUAGAGCGUGUUUGGAUUCUGGGCAUUGAUUUGCGCACAGGACUGGCCCAGCAACGCAGGCCAGGGCGGGACCAUAGGAGCUUCGCGAGGCGGCGCGGGUACUCCUAAAUGGCUUACGGUAGUGGAGUCGGCGGGCUGCUGGACGUAUCUUGAGUUCCCCGCCCCAGAUGCGUAUGCGAGCGCGCGCGGCAUUUCCAGCUCCCUCGUUCGAGGUAGUAGCCAUGUCUGGGUUCCCCACGAGGACGAGAUACGAGUGGAAGCCAGUGCCGACCAACAUGAACGCGCGGCGACGGAUCCCGCAAGCGAGAUGAUGGGCGUUGCUCACCGCCUUCGGUGUUGGCGACGUGUCUGGAUGCUGGAUGUCCUAUGUCUACCCCUCUCGUGGCCGUUCUGGUGCGCCUUCUCAUGUGAGGUCGUUGACAUGGCUUGGUGGGAAAUUCCCGUUGCGCGAGGCUCUUGCCUUGCCCUCUGUCUUCGUCCCCAGUGGCGUUGCGACAGUAGAAGCGUCUGUUGUGGCCGUCGGAGCUUGCUCUGGGUCUUGCGGCUCCUCUUGUCUUCGGUGGAGUACCUGAGUGGCUUCUGCUGCUGCCUCCGUUGACUUUUGGCUGCUGCUUGACUGGCGGUUGGGAACACUUCAGGCGUCUUUGUGCUGCGCUUCUGCUGCGUGGUCCCCAGUUUUCCCCGGGUCCGGAACUCUGGGUUACCUUGGUCGAGUUGGUGUCACUGUCGGUUCACCUAUGUCCCUGCCUUUCUGUUCUUGCCACUGGGAACAGUCUGCGCGUUUCUUUCGUCAGCGGCUUCCUGGCGCUGAAGCUCGUUGACGAUUGUUUCGGGAGGUUCCUAACGGCCCCUGAGGACAUUGCCUCGUUGCUGACCAGGCCGAACUUAGAGGUCGGCUUCGGGAAGGCUACCCGGAGUUGAGUCUGUUUCGGCAGGUCUCUUGUGAAUGCGAGGGCAGUGGUUGGCUGAGGUUGUUGGAGCGUUCCAUAGUGUCGCUCCAGAUCAUUUUUUUGAUCCUUCUCCAACUUCCUCAUUUCCUGUGUGGUCUAAUGCAGAUUGCAGAUCACAACACAGGGCCACCCUCGUAUCUCACCUCCAGGGGGGGGCGCGCGGACCUCGCUUGCCAUUUCGUUUGGUCUCGCGAAAGUUCCAGCUCCCAUCAUUAAGACGUGACUUCACAUCAUUAAGACGGGUACCUGGAAGGAGGCACUGGAGUCGGGCCGCGGCGCGGACGUAAUCUGUGACGUGUGAAGUUAUGAGCGGAUGUUAUAGAUAGGCAGCCUGUCAUGCUUUUUUUUUUUAACUUUUAGAUGCGCUCGUCGCUGAUAUUCCUGGUCAUGACCAUGCUGAGCAGCCCCUAUGUGUCAUCAUCUGUAUCUCUACUUCCAUUCUGUCCUCUCCUUUUUCUCGUUUGCAUGUUGCCUCGCGACCUUCUCUUCCUUCCUGGAUGACUUGACUUUCGGUGGUGGUGACUUUCUAGGUUCUCCUGCUUGUAUGACCUGGGCCUUUUGCAUUUUCUGUCAUCCACCCCUGCCCUUCCGGGUUGUCUCGGUGAUCUCUCUUUGGCUGGUCGCUUUGUAUCCGGGUGUUCUCCAGGGGUUCUUGAUGCUCAUCUGUGUGAUGCGACGCAUUCCUCCUUAUUGUGAUAUGCAUGACAGGCUGCCUCUACUGUGCAUUUGCUCUGAUUCACAUUCCAUAAGUUCCCUAAGCGUCCAGUAAAUUGGUGCUCCGACUCGGAUACCGCCGCUGCAGAUCCACAACCGGCCGACCCACAUGCCGGGCCGCUGGUCGGACUUGCCCUACCGCACUGAAAGCCCAACACCGCUGUCACGUCUUGGUUUGUCACGCACGCGGGACCGUCGUCAUUUACGAGUUGGCUAUGGUGUUAGCCUGGACCUGGAUCUCGUGAACGCCAAGCUCCUAGGUCUCCUGGCUCGACCUCGCCCGCCACGAACACGGUUUUACGCGAUGCAAAUAGCGACUUGUGCCCGAUGGUGUAUGACUUUUGGUGUUGCGUCUGUGGUGCCGCUGUUGACCCGGCCGCUAUCGAGCCGUCCGAGCGCCAGCAUCUAUCACAUCGUCCUCGGAGUCGCAUCUGCCGCUGUACUUCGACGCCGGGGGCUCGACGGACCCACCCCCCUACAAUUAUCCUGUCUCCAAAAGUAAAAGUUCAAAAGGAAAAAGUUAAAAGUUUAAAAAAUUACACUUGCGUCGUAAUCUUACAAUAUCAUAUCGCGAUCUGUAGCGGUUUUAAAGGUUUUCACUUUGUCAAAACCGUUAUUCUGGCUUUUAGCCGUGUAUUUUGCUACUACCAUAAUUUUUACAUAUAUGCACUGGCAGCCACAUUACUCACUCGCUGACGGGCCGCACCCGGAUGCAUCAAGUUUUUUUUGCUAUCUCUAGGCGGGUGCAGUGGUGGUUUCGGUCGGGCCGCACCCAAGGACUCCACCCACUCACCGCGCGCGUGUCUGCUUCCUUUUGGCUGCAUAUAAGAAAUAAAUAAGUCCACCUAUUUCAAGGGGCCGCGCCCCGCUUUUUAUGCCCGGCACCGUUCCUGACACACAGCGUGCUCCAUGAGGCGGGUGCAUAGAUGGGCCCUUAGAUCCGGCGACACUCAUGUGGACAUACUUAUGCUUCAUGAUGACAAGUAAAAAAUCCAUUUUACAGCUACCGCUUCGCUUUGCAAACACCGCAAUCGAGGUAGUGCUGACCUGUUUUGUACCGUAAUACGCAAUUGUCUGACAAUUCAAAAAAACAAAAUUAUUUCAUCUUCUCGUCGCCAUCAUAAGUACCUUGAGGUGCCGCACACCUCUAUCUCUAGUUUCUUGUUGAUUACUUCUCGCUCGUUCGGUCGCGCAUGUGCGGUGCAGCCCGCUCAGUGUUUUUUGUUUUUCAUGCGACUCUGCAGCCCUCACGCAUAAAUUUUUGCAUGUUUCAAGUCCUUGGACUUUUAUGGGCUCACGCACAUCCGAGAUCGGGGGGGUGGGAGGGGGUCCUCAAGCCAGAAAAAACUCCCCCGAGCGGUAGUAGGGAAUUUCCAAGAGUGCAAAAUAUGCAUGACAAACCUGGUAACCUUCCAGACCCAGACAUUUUUACAUUUGAUACCAGCAGGACGUGGACGACGACCAGGAGCAUGCGCUCGCGCCGGCGGACGAGCAUCCAACCAGAGGAGAUGACGAACAACGAACGGACGACAACGACGAGGCGGGAGCGAAAAGCGCGGGAGACGAGGGCGGUACGAAAGCCGAGAAAAAGUUAUACUACGUGCUACCCUGGAAUUUUGCAUACGUGGGGACGCUGUCUUCCGUCACGCAGCGGCAGGCGAGCGGAGAAGGAAAAAUUUUCACUGCCUGCAUGGUUAUCAACGAGGUCUGCGUGCUCUUGUCCCGUUACACAAUGGUCGUGUACGAGUCCCCGUGCCGGAAUCCGUAUGGUAAUAAAGACGGGGACGAGUUCCUCUAUCUUGCGUCACCGGCUUUGGAUAGCGCUAAAAACCUUGCAAUCCGCGUCACCUGGUUGAUUCUUCCCCGAGUACUCAUGCUGAUGACCGCUGCGAUACCUUCCGCGAGCUUUGAGGACGCGCAGGAGCGGGACGACGAGACAGAAACUAGCCCACUGCCCUUGGAGGCUGUUCAGGAACAAGCGUUGCCGGACGUCGCGCCGUCGAGGAAUAUGGGCCGCGCCGAGCGGUUCUUUGCGCAACUCAAGUUCCGCACCCGAGAAGAUCGUCGAGAAAACCAGGUCUCGAUGAUGCACGAUAACCGGUCACGCAAGUACAUGCUGCAACUACAUCGGGCUGUGCUGCUCGCGAUGGCAUUGCUCUUGAUUUUCGAAACGAGGCAACUCGUGUCGGAAGAACAAAUUAGCAUUCCGCAGGUGCUGUUCGGUUAUUCACGGUCAUACUCGUCCACGCCUUCGCUGACUGGUGGCAACGGCGAACAAGAGCGAAAUAGCACGGACCCCGCUGUGGAUGCGAUGGAUCUAAUGUCUAUGGUCGAUAUGUCUAGGGGCCACGGCGUACCCGAUGCCGAUGAAUGCGGCCGCACUCCGGACGAACUCUUGCGGAAGCGGUAGGUUUAUUUCCCCCGCGUGCUUUGCCUGGUCAGCGGAUGGGUGUUCUCCCUGGUAUUUGCCGUUCUGGCGAGCGUGUUGCAGAAUUCCGCCAAGCACGAGGGUGCAGCGGCCGGCGGGCGCCUGAUUCCAAGAUCCACAAGCCUCUUGCUGCCCCGGUGUGUUUACGUGACGGAAGUGCUGGCCAUGCUUUCUGUCUUCGGUCUACCAUUCUGGCCGAUGUUUCGGGCGGCUCUAAAAGAGGACAAGUUUCAAGACGCAGACCCAGGUUCGCUCUGGACGGCCCCUCUCCGACCAAUCGGGUUGGCCGUGUCUGGUGCUUACUGGUUCGCUUGGACCGUAGCGUUGCCAAGUUGCGCUACCUAUGCGGAUUAUCUCCAGGGGUUUUACAACAGCACCGCCCCGGCCUGUGAACCAAAUAAAAAUUGGUACCAGAUGAGCUGGGCUGCCGCGCACGACCAAGGCUGGCGGAAAGAAUUCGCCGAGUGGUGGCACUAGGAGUAAAGCCUGGUCUGAGAACACAGCUCUGCAACGCUAGCUGUGUUGCCGCACCGGGACGGAAAGAAGCCCGUCGGCGCGUCGUACUCGCAGAAACAAAAAGGAUAUUUUUACAAGAUGAAAAACACCAGAGCUGCCGUGUGGUUUUCUUUGUGGCAACAGUAGCCAUUCAUGCGUAAUAGAACCGAC